AUGUCUUCCACCCGGGUGAGCAUUAUAGGGACAGGGUUGGCCCUACUGCGUCUUAUUCAGGCACAACAACCAGCCACAUCAGAUCCCGGAAACCCUGCUCUGACCACCUGGAAAUGUUCCACGGCAGGUGGAUGUGUGCAGCAGGAUACCUCGGUCGUCCUGGACUGGGGAUUCCGGUGGAUCCACACCGCUGGUGGCUAUGAAUCUUGCACAACAUCCUCCGGUGUUAACACCACACUGUGCCCCGAUGAAGCCACCUGUGCCCAGAACUGCGUCAUCGAGGCGGCCAAUUAUACCUCCGCUGGCGUGUCUGUUUCUGGAGACUCGCUCACCAUGCAACAGUAUGUUGAGAGCAACGGCGUCUACAGCAAUGCCUCUCCACGACUCUAUCUACUCGGAGCAGACGGGGACUACGUGAUGAUGCAGCUCCUCGGUGGUGAAUUGAGCUUCGACGUCGAUAUGUCUACCCUUCCCUGCGGUGAAAACGGUGCUCUUUACCUGUCCGAGAUGAGCGCCACCGGCGGAAGAAAUGAGUACAACACGGGCGGUGCCCAGUACGGCUCGGGAUACUGCGACGCCCAGUGCCCAGUCGAGACUUGGAAGAACGGCACACUCAACCCUACUGGUCAAAGCUACUGCUGCAAUGAGAUGGAUAUCCUUGAGGCCAAUUCCAUGGCCAACGCAUACACCCCUCAUCCAUGCAGCACCACCGAUUGUGACAAAGGAGGCUGUGGCUUCAACCCAUACGCACAGGGAGUGACUAACUACUGGGGGCCGGGCGACACUGUCGACACCUCUAAGCCCUUCACCAUUACUACACAGUUCAUUACGAACGACGGUACCAAGACCGGCACCCUGAUCGAAAUCCGACGACAGUACAUCCAGAAUGGUAAGAUCAUUCCGAACGCGAAGUCAUCCUCCGGCGUUGACUCCAUCACCCAAUCCUGGUGCGAGUCUUCUGAUGGCUCUGCCGCUACCUUUGGCGGCUUGACCACCAUGGGCCAGGCUCUAGGCCGUGGAAUGGUAUUGAUCUUUAGCAUUUGGAAUGAUGGAAGUCAGUAUAUGAACUGGCUUGACAGUGGAAGCAGCGGUCCAUGCAGCAGCACUGCAGGAAACCCUGCCACUAUCCUGGCCCAAGACCCAACCACGCACGUCAUCUUUUCCAACAUCCGCUGGGGAGAUAUCAACUCGACCUACACCAACCCUGGAGGUCCCGGCACUGGCUCCAGCUCAAGUUCGACGAUCGUGAAGACCACCGCGAGCCACCAAACCACAACAACGAAACCUACAACCACGACGACCACAACCAGUGUCGGUGCAACUCAGACUCACUGGGGACAAUGUGGAGGGCAGGGAUGGACUGGCCCGACUGCUUGCGCAUCAGGAACUACAUGCCAGGUGCAGAAUCCGUAUUACUCCCAGUGCUUGUAG